GUCUAGGUGUCCAGGUGAACAAGUGAGAGGAGAGAGUUAAUAGUUUUGUCUGAGAAUCUGACGAUCACUUAACUCCAAAACCCAGUGGCAAUCAUGUAAUUUUACUGUAAAGUUUCAACCAGAAAUCUCUUUUUUUCUCUCUCUCUCUGCGCUGCAAAGCAUUGAUCAUCAUCAUUCAUCAUCUUCACAAGUCUCGUUUUCAUAAUUUAUAUGAGGAUUCGUCAUCCGGGUCUAUACGAAUAUGGAAUCCGUACAGCCACAUCUCGAGACCUUUGUCUCUGUUAAAGUAAUCAAUAGCUCAAGUGGCUGUGAUGGCGAUGGAGAGCCUCGUCGGAGCUCCGGUGCGGUGGAGAAGGAGGAAGAAAUAGUGAAAGAUGAGGAGAGGAGAUCCAAUGCGUCGGUGUGUUCGGUGGAAAUAGAUCUGGAGCUUGGAUUGCCUGAGAAAGUUGUACAUUUGUCGCAAUCUGAGAGAGAUUGCAGGAUUUGUCACAUGAGCUUAGAUGCAGCGAAUCUUGAAUCUGGUGUUCCCAUUGAGCUUGGCUGUUCUUGUAAAGCUGAUCUCGCUGCUGCUCAUAAACACUGUGCUGAGACUUGGUUCAAGAUCAAAGGAAACAAAAUCUGUGAAGUUUGUGGGUCGAUUGCGGGUAAUGUUGUUGGAAGUGUUGAGGUGGAGUCUGAGGAAAGCCGGAAUGAAGCAAAUGGUGUAGAGAAUCUAACUCUGAGAACAUCUGGUCCACGAUUGGUGGAAGGUAGAAGCUUCUGGCAAGGUCACCGGUUCUUGAAUUUCCUUUUAGCUUGUAUGGUCUUUGCAUUUGUUAUCUCAUGGCUCUUCCACUUCAAUGUUCCUUCUACAUAGCAACACAAGUAAUGUUCAACUCUCCAUAAGAAGAAGAGAUUCAUUAGAGAUCUCUCGGAAAGGUACUUCACUCUUGUACCAAUGCCUUUUUUCACUAUUAAGUUUGAUGUAAGUUUAGAGAGGAAGAACAAGACCUAGAAGAGCUCAUUAUGCUAUUUGCGGGUUUAAUUUCUAUCUAGAAUAUGUAAAUCUGUUUCUUGAUUGCGGAUGAUGUAUAUAGCUCUAGUCACUCUUAAGCUUAAUGCAAAUGCAGUCUUGUG